CAGAGCAGCGUCACGUGGGGAUCGAGGCGGGAAGCGUGCGGGUCGGCAGGUCUUUCAGUUUAUUCUUUGCUCUGCGGAACGAUAAUGGAAAAGUUUGCAAGCCCGGGCAAAGGCAACGGCUUGCGCCUCUUGAAGGCGGUGAAAUCGGGCGAGUUGCUGUAUCGCGCGGCGCCCUUCGCAUACAUCGUCAGCAAGAAGCGCCUCGGCAUCGUGUGCGAACAUUGUCUGCGCAGAAAGGAACGGCUACUUAGGUGUUCUCAAUGCAAAGUUGCAAGAUACUGUGGUGCACAUUGUCAGAAAGAAGCCUGGUUGGACCACAAACGGGAAUGCAAAUGUAUUAAAGAUAUUAACCCUAAUUUUCCUCGUGACUCAGUGAGGCUUGUUGGCAGGAUUAUUUUCAAAGUAUUAAGGCAAUCAGUAUGCCCAUCUGAAGAGCUCUAUUCUCUUUCUGACCUUCAGUCAAAUGUUGAUGAAUUAAGUGAAGACAUGAAAGAAGGUCUCAGGUACCUUUCUAAGACUCUGCAGCUGUAUUUGAAGGUGGAAAUCCAAGAUGUUUCUCAGCUUUUGCCGGCCUUAGAUAUUUUUCAGAUCUUUGCAAAAGUGACCUGUAACUGUUUCAGCAUAAGCAGUGGAGAAAUGCAGGAUGUUGGUGUUGGACUUUAUCCCAGCAUAUCCUUGUUGAACAACAGUUGUGAUCCUAAUUGUGUGAUUAUCUUUGAGGGUCCCCAACUCCACCUUCGGUCCAUCCGGGAAAUGCAAUUGGGAGAAGAGCUCACCAUCAGUUAUACUGAAACUCUACUGCCUACUCCUGAACGUCAGCAGAAUCUGAAGCGUCAAUAUUGUUUUGAAUGUAGUUGCAUCAUGUGCUCCACACAAAGCAAGGAUGCUGACAUGUUGGCAGGUGAUGAACAAGCUUGGAAAGAAGCCAAAGAAGUUAUAAAUGCAAUAGGAGCACCAGAGUCACGUGAAGAGUGGGAGCAAGUUCUGUUGUCCUGCCAGACAUCACUGAAGAGCAACACCUCUCGUCUCCCAGACACCAACAUCUAUCAGCUAAAAUUACUUGACCUUGCCAUGGAUGCCUGCAUAAACCUGGGCCUUUGGGAAGAAGCUCUGCAUUAUGGUAACCGAACUUUGCAGCCCUACAGUUUUUAUUAUCCCAGCUUCCAUCCUUUGAAGGCUAUCCAGAUGAUGAGAGUGGCCAAGUUGCAGUUCCACCAGGACAUGUCCUCCCAGGCCCUUGCAACCCUGAAACAGGCUUAUGAUAUUAUAAAAGUGACUCAUGGGACAGAGCAUAGCCUCAUGCAGGACCUGAUGAUACUUAAAGAAGAGUGGGAAGUUGGCAUGUUAUUAUAAUAAAGAUGACGUGCAAGACACAACCUAGAAGGACAACAAAAAAGGAGACUCAGAAGAAAAUAAGUAUCUUUCUCAACCAAACAUAUGGCAGUAAAAUCGCCAUACAUAUUGAGUAGCUUUCCAUUGAUCUGAAUUCUGCAAGAAAAAAUAGUCUAGUUGUUUUAUUAUAUAAUCUUCACAUUAUUACUUUUGCUAUUUCUCCAAAUGAAAUUUUUCAACAAUCAGUAAUUCCAGCAAGAACUGCUUCCUGCUGAGAAAUGGGCUGAAAAGACACCAGGAAAAUUCCAAGCUACAAUUUGUUUGUAAUUGAAAGUAUAGAAAAUGCUAAUUUGUGUAAGUGCAUUAUUAGAUGGGUAUAAAUUAAGACUCAUACCUCCGAAUACAUUGCAAGUAUUUGAAUUUAGUUUCAUCACUGUCCUUUUGUCCUAUCAUAAAUUGCUCCCACAAAGUGUUCUCAUUUCCAGGUAUGCAGUGAUUUGUUUUGUUUAUUUUAGAUGUAUUUUUAAUCCCACUUUUAUUUUAUUUUCUAUAAAUAACUCAGGAUGAUGAACAUACCUAAUACUUCCUCCUCCUAUUUUCCCACAACAACAACCCUGUUAGGUGGUUGAGAGAGAGAGUUACUGGGCAAAGUCAACCAGCUGACAUUCAUGCCUAAGGCAGGACUAGAACUCAGUUUCCUUGCAUUCCACGUUCCUUGUAUAUUUGUUGCACAGCAUGCUUAUUGUUAGAUUAUUAAUCAUGGAAAUUGAAGAUACAAUUGAGAUGCAAACUUCCAACAGUGUCAUUUGUUAGCUGUUUGUUCUGAGUGAUUCUGCCCUGAGUGAUGUAUCAGCAUCAGAGGAGGAAGAGAGAGGGAGGAAGGGAGGCAGAAAGAUGAACAGAAUCAAUUUAUUCCUGAAUCAUCUGCAUUCUUCCUAUCUAGUAAUACUGCAGUAAUGUUUAUGCCCCCAGAUACAAAAGUUCUCAGAAUGUGAAUCAGCCAACAACAAUUGCAGUUCACUGUAUGCUUCCUACUAAAGACAUUCCAUUAAAUGGGGAAGGUCUUACUUCUGAAUAAAUAUACCUAUAAUUGUGUAGUUAAUGUGUCUUUCCAAUGCUAAGUGCUCAGUCUCGCAUUCUUGUCCAAUUUUAUCCACCUUGACUAGCAAAUUUUAUAUUCAUUUAUUUUGGGAAAAUAGGCUAGUUCUUACCAGAUGGAAGAAAUUACCUACACAAUUCCCAUUCUGAGCAAUGUUCUGUCUAGAUUUGACUUGAAGCAAAUCUCCAGGAGUGCAGAGAUUCUUAUAACAGAGUUUCUUGGAUGGAACAACCCUGUGACUGAACUUGACAUUGUACAUGAUUAAAAACUGAAUCUUAGAUUACGAAGAAUAUGCAACCCAUCCUUGAAACUGCAGUGUAAAUGCAUGUUCUGAAGGCAGAUAUUGCUUGCUUUAAACAAGAACAUUGCUAUGUACUUUCUCCCCCCCCUUCCUUCCCCCAUCCAUUUUCUCACUUAAAAUGCACACUUCAAAUCUGCCAGACAAAAAUCUGCUCACUUAAGUUUUAGUCCUCUGAAAAGAAAGCUGUAGCUCAUUAGUCAAAGACAUGCUUUGCGUGUGGGAGGUCCUAGGUUCAAUUUCCUGGCAUUUCCAGGAGCAUCAGGAAAAAUUCUUGCCCGAAACCCUGUGGAGAUCGUUAGGGUUGAUGCUGCUGAGCAAGAUGGCUCAAGAGCCUCACUCAGUAUCAGGCUGUUCCAAAGUUCCCAACAAUCAACUCUUAGAAGGAUUUGAAGUUUGUGACAAGAGUGAAAUUUUGGGGGCCUUAAUUUUUAAUUCUUAAAUGUCAUGUCCGUUUAAGUCAGUAGCUUGAAAGCAUUUAUGACAAUACGGUGAAAACACAUUUCAGAGAAAAUGAGCACUCUGGACAUAAGUCAGAAUGGCAACUCACAAAUGCCAAUACAGGAGUAUAAUCUCUUCCAAACUUUUGAAUGUGAUACCACAAAGGAAACUUCAUGCACUUCCCUGGCCCAACAUGGAGCCUAGUGUGAUCAAAGAUGGGGUUAUGUCAGCACUCUGUCAUAAGCAUAUUUCUUUUUAGCACAAUAAACAUUAUUAGGAGAAAAGUCCAGAUUGUUCUGUAUAUGACUGCACUUGAUAUACAGAUAAUUGCAUUUGUGAAAUGCUGGGCUCCCUCGUGCAGUUCAGAAGUUUCCUUGAAGAUAACUGCUAAUCCACACAAAACAUAAAAAUCAGAAGAAAUCUAGUAGCAUCCUUUCAGGCUAACCAAUUUGAUUAAAAGGCAUAAUCCUUCGUGAACCACAGCUCAUCAGAUACCCAGAUAAAUAUGGUGAUAUGGGAUUUUAACUGAAGUGGGUGGUUUUUAAGGUGCUGUCAUACUCAUUUUUAUAUGUCUUUCCUCAUGCAGUGUCUAAAAUGGUGUAAAUUAAAUAAGACAUCAUCCCCUCCCAUUGAUUCUGAUUGAGUAACAUGGGCUGAACUGCAGGUCUGGCCUUCACAGGCUGUCAGGUCAACCAAGCUUCACACCUUUUGUAUUACUUUCCAUUGAUUAUGAUUUUUUGUGCUUGUCUCAGCAGCAGCAGUAAAUGGAAAGGGCAUUUAUUUUUAUUUGAGAGCUAUUUGUUGGACAGAUUAAUUUAUGGACAAUAAAUGCCGUAGAGUUGUA